AUGUCUGACCUUAGGAGACAAAGUUUUAGUGGUGAUAGAUAUGAGGAUUAUGUCAAGUAUAUUAGGAUGCAUUAUAUUAAAAAUGGUGAAAUCCCAACUGAAUUGUCAAUAGGUGAAAGACAUGAAUAUAAUGCAUUGGAAGACAAGUUUACGAUUGAAAAAUCCAGAAAUGCUUCAUUUAAUGGUAAAUGUGAUUACAUGGAAAUAGAACAGAUGACCCCCUCAGAUAAAUGGGUAGUAUUUCAUAAAUAUGAUUUGCAGAUGAAGAAUCCAUUUGGUAAAUUCUGUCGCGGAUUGGUGAAUAUUACUAGAAGGAUUGGACAUAUCAGGCAGAAACACGUCUUUCUAAAUGCUCUAAGACAAAAGGAAUUUUAUCAGAUUGUGAAUAAUGCUCAAGAGAUGCAUCCACCAUGCAUAAACAGGCAGCGUAGUGCAAGUGCAUCUAGCUUUAUUGAUGUUGAUGAAUACUGGGCUUCUGUGCAAAAAAAUGCAAGGAAGGGAUAG